CCGGUGCUUCACUGAUGCACGGUACUGCCGAGCCGAGGGCCUUCCUGCGGGGCAUCACCUCGAAGUUGGAUAGAGAAGUCUUCGAGACAUACGACGACGAUGCCCUCAAGAACAGGAUCCUCCGGUCCUCUCUCACUGCCUGCAUAGCCCUCGGGGAACAGGCCCGGAGGCGUGAGGAACGGCGCCUUCACGAGGCCGAGCAAGACAAGAAGAUGGAGGGGCUGAUUCGCAAGAACUCUGAAGCGAUGAAGCAUGCUGCACAGCUGGAGGAGGCCCUCCGGGAGGCGAAGGCGGCGGCGGAGAAAGCC